UCCACCCUCACCGUCUCCCCAUGACAAAACCUUGAGCCACGCCAUCUCCUCCCUCUCACUGCACCCUACCCUUGAGUCUGUACUUCAUCUCCUCAAUGCAGAUCUACCCUCAGCGCACUUUCUCUGCCGCCACAUGCAGAACAAGCCCGCAUAUGAAGGCAUGUACAUUCACGGCCUACUGCACCGCAUAGAAGGCGACUACCGGAACACCGAGGCUUGGUAUGGUGACGUGGCAGAGAGCGAAGUCUUCGAGCAUGUCUGGCCUGGUGGGUUGGAGGAUGCGAAGGCUUUCCUUCGGAGGGUGGAGAAGUUGAGGAAGGAGAAAGUGGGAGAUAUCAGGGCACUCGAGCAAGAUAGUAAACGUGAGAUCGCUGCUCUCGUAGAAUGGUGCAGGCAGAAGUUUGGCACGAACAUCGUCGCUGAUGCUACCACUGUGUGGGUUGAACCAAGCGAGGAACACCGAAAGAUUGCCAGUAAAAUGCUUGUAGGUGGCGAAGGAUGGCGGCAGUUCUAGCAUGCGAUGCAUGAACGCUCUCUCAUGUCGCGCAGCAGUCUCCACGGCGGGAUGGCAAUGUUUGACAGGGCCCACGAAGCACAUUCUGCGAAGCAGCUACUACAACGGCAUUCCUUCCUGCUGCCGAAUGGCCUAACCUAUGCUUAAACAUCAAAGCAUUGCUCGCAACAACACGGCCUCAGCGGCCGGCUCAGCAGUUGGACGGCAAUGCAGUCACGGAAGUCGAUUGGAAUUUGGACAAUGGGGCAAAGGACGAGCGGCACAGCGACGAACCUCCAAGUUGUGUGGUUACAUGAUUAAGUAUGC